AUGUCUAAAGAUCUCGCAGUCGCGAGUGUCACUGGUGACAACAAAAUGUUUUCACCUUACUAUCUGGCGCCGUCAGAUAAUCCUGGUGUCUCCAUCUCUCCAGUCUUGUUGACAGGAGAGAAUUAUGCCGAAUGGUCGUCGGAAUUGGAGAAUGCGUUGUGUGCUAAGCGCAAGGCAGGAUUCAUCAACGGUACUCUUAAGUUGCCUAAUGAGGCGGAGAAGCCAACUGAAGCAGAGAUGUGGAAGACUGUGAAUUCCAUGAUUGUAGGAUGGAUCAGAGCUUCCAUCUCAGCCACGAUCAGGUCAACCGUAACGUUCACACCAGAUGCGUAUAAGAUGUGGUGUGAUCUGAAGAAGAGGUUCUCGGUGGGGAACGCGGUUCGAGUGCAUCAACUGAGAGCAGAGUUGGCGGCUUGUAAACAAGAUGGUUCCAGCGUUAUGGACUAUUUUGGCCGUCUUGUACUGAAGUGGGAGGAACUUGUACGUUACAAGCCAAUUCCACAGUGUACCUGCGGAGCCUCGGAGAAGUUUGUUGCUGAGUAUGAAGAAGAGAAAGUGCACACCUUCCUGAUGGGACUAGAUGACGCUUGUUUUGGUAAUGUAUGUACCAACAUUAUCGGGAUGGAUCCUCUGCCUGAUCUGAACUCGGUGUAUCAGCUGGUGGUGAGAGAAGAGAGACGCAUUCUCACCUCCAGAGGUGAACCAAAACAGGAUGCAGUCGGGUUCCUAUCCAAGACAGACGGAGGUUCCAGCGACAACGCGUCAAUGAGUGGUCUGAUCGCAGCAGUUGCUCGCAGUCAGGGUAGCUCACUGGUUUGUAGUCAUUGCGGGAGGUCUGGACAAGACAAGAAGGACUGCUGGCAGAUUGUCGGAUUUCCGGAGUGGUGGACAGAGCGAAAUCAGAACAGUGAGCGUGGUGGACGUAACAAAGGCAGAGGCAGAGGACGGGGUCAGGUGAGAGCUAAUGCAGCUCAAACUUCGACCAAAGUUGGUGGUUCGGGAUUCACCAAUGAACAAUGGGCCUCUCUAACUGCUCUUCUGGAACAACAGAAAACAACACCAAUUCCCGACAAGUUGAACGGUAAGCAGCUGACUGGUGAGGUGAUCCUAGACACUGGGGCAUCUCACCAUAUGACUGGUGACCUUUCUCUACUUACUGAGACCGUGAAUAUUGUGAACUGCUCUGUGAGCUUUGCAGAUGGUAGUCAAGUUUUCGCGUCAAAGAGUGGUUCUCUUAGACUUUCAGACAAGAUUACUUUGUUACACGUUAUGUUUGUGCCAAACCUGAACUGCACACUGUUAUCGGUUGCCAAGCUACUUAAACAAACCGGAUGUCUAGCUGUAUUUACUGAUACUCUAUGUGUGUUGCAGGACCGUUUUACGAGGACCCUGAUUGGAGCCGGUGAAGAACGGGAUGGCGUUUAUGUUUAUUGA